GCCCGGAGCUGUGGCUAGCCAGACGGUGCGUCUGGGCUGGGGACUCCGGGGUCGCCGCCGUGGCAGCCCGGCAGGCAGAGAUGGGCACCGAAGCCGGCGAGGGCAUCACUUUCUCCGUGCCGCCCUUUGCGUCCGUGGGCUUUUGCACCAUCCCGGAGGGCGGCAGCUGCCGGAGGGGAGGAGGAGCGGCGACGGCGGCGGAGGGAGAGCCGAGCCUGCAGCCCUUGCUUGUGCCGCCGCCGCCGCCACCGCCGGGCAGUUUCUGGAACGUGGAGAGCGCGGCGGCUCCCGGCACCAGCUGCCCUACCACCGCCCCCGGGAGCAGCGCCACCCGAGGCCGGGGCAACUCUGGCAGCGGGGGCGGCCGGCGUACCACCGUGGCUUAUGUGAUCAAUGAGGCGAGCCAGGGGCAGCUGGUGGUGGCGGAGAGCGAGGCCCUGCAGAGCCUGCGGGAGGCGUGCGAGGCGGUGGGCGCCACCCUGGAGACCCUGCAUUUCGGGAAGCUGGACUUCGGGGAAACCGCCGUGCUGGACCGUUUUUACAACGCAGAUAUUGCUGUGGUGGAGAUGAGCGACGCCUUCCGGCAGCCUUCCUUGUUUUACCAUCUUGGAGUGCGAGAAAGCUUCAGUAUGGCCAACAACAUCAUCCUCUACUGCGAUACUAAUUCCGAUUCACUCCAGUCCCUGAAGGAAAUUAUUUGCCAGAAGAAUACUGUGUGCACCGGGAACUACACCUUCAUCCCCUACAUGGUGACACCACACAACAAGGUCUACUGCUGUGACAGCAGCUUCAUGAAGGGCCUGACUGAGCUCAUGCAGCCUAACUUCGAGCUCCUGCUGGGGCCCAUCUGCUUACCCCUCGUGGACCGUUUCGUUCAGCUUUUGAAGGUGGCGCAAGCGAGUUCCAGCCAGUACUUCCGGGAAUCCAUACUCAGCGAUAUCAGGAAAGCACGGAACCUGUACACUGGUAAAGAAUUGGCAGCUGAAUUGGCGAGGAUCCGGCAACGGGUAGACAAUAUUGAAGUUUUGACAGCAGACAUUGUUAUCAACCUGUUGCUUUCCUACAGAGACAUCCAGGACUAUGACUCCAUAGUGAAGCUGGUAGAGACGUUAGAAAAACUUCCAACCUUCGACUUGGCCUCGCACCACCACGUGAAGUUUCAUUACGCAUUUGCACUGAACAGGAGAAAUCUCCCUGGAGACAGAGCAAAAGCUCUUGACAUCAUGAUCCCCAUGGUACAAAGUGAAGAGCAAGUUGCUUCGGAUAUGUAUUGUCUCGUUGGCCGAAUCUACAAAGAUAUGUUUUUGGAUUCAAAUUUCACUGACACGGAAAGCAGGGACCAUGGAGCAUCUUGGUUCAAAAAGGCAUUUGAGUCUGAGCCAACACUACAGUCAGGAAUUAAUUAUGCAGUUCUCUUGCUGGCGGCUGGGCACCAGUUUGAAUCUUCUUUUGAGCUUCGGAAAGUUGGAGUGAAGCUGAGUAGCCUUCUGGGUAAAAAGGGGAACUUGGAAAAACUCCAGAGCUACUGGGAAGUCGGAUUUUUUCUGGGAGCCAGUGUCCUGGCCAACGACCACCUCAGGGUCAUUCAGGCAUCCGAGAAGCUGUUCAGACUGAAGACACCAGCGUGGUACCUCAAGUCUAUCGUGGAGACCAUUCUGAUAUAUAAACACUUUGUGAAACUGACCACAGAGCAGCCCUCGGCUAAGCAGGAACUCGUGGACUUCUGGAUGGAUUUCCUGGUCGAGGCCACAAAAACAGAUGUUACUGUUGUCAGGUUCCCAGUAUUAAUAUUAGAGCCAACCAAAAUCUAUCAGCCUUCUUACCUGUCUAUCAAUAAUGAAGUUGAGGAGAAGACAAUAUCUAUUUGGCAUGUUCUCCCUGAUGACAAGAAAGGUAUACACGAGUGGAACUUCGGUGCUUCCUCUGUCAGGGGAGUGAGCAUCUCUAAGUUUGAAGAACGAUGCUGUUUCCUUUAUGUGCUUCACAAUUCUGAUGACUUCCAAAUCUACUUCUGCACAGAACUUCACUGUAAAAGGUUUUUUGAAAUGGUGAAUACCAUCACGGAAGAGAAGGGGAGAGGCGCGGAGGACGGAGACUGUGAGGGUGACUCCCUGGAGUAUGACUACGAAUACGAUGAAAAUGGAGACAGAGUUGUGUUAGGGAAGGGCACUUAUGGGAUCGUCUAUGCAGGACGAGACCUGAGCAACCAGGUCAGAAUUGCUAUUAAGGAAAUCCCAGAGAGAGACAGCAGAUACUCUCAGCCCCUGCAUGAAGAAAUCGCCCUGCACAAGCAUCUGAAACACAAAAACAUUGUCCAGUAUCUGGGCUCCUUCAGUGAGAACGGCUUCAUCAAAAUCUUCAUGGAGCAAGUCCCAGGAGGAAGCCUCUCUGCUCUCCUUCGUUCAAAAUGGGGCCCAUUAAAGGACAACGAACAGACGAUUGGCUUCUAUACGAAGCAGAUACUGGAAGGAUUAAAAUACCUUCACGACAAUCAGAUAGUCCACCGGGAUAUAAAGGGUGACAAUGUAUUGAUUAAUACCUACAGUGGUGUGCUCAAGAUCUCUGACUUCGGGACAUCCAAGAGGCUUGCUGGCAUAAACCCAUGUACCGAAACCUUUACAGGUACCCUUCAGUAUAUGGCGCCAGAAAUAAUCGAUAAAGGACCACGAGGCUAUGGAAAGGCCGCCGACAUUUGGUCACUGGGCUGCACAAUCAUCGAAAUGGCUACUGGAAAACCACCAUUUUAUGAACUAGGAGAGCCACAGGCAGCCAUGUUCAAGGUGGGGAUGUUUAAGGUCCACCCGGAGAUCCCAGAGUCCAUGUCGGCGGAGGCCAAGGCGUUCAUACUGAAGUGUUUUGAACCAGACCCUGACAAGAGAGCCUGUGCUAAUGACUUGCUUAUUGAUGAGUUCUUAAAAGUGUCCAGCAAAAAGAAAAAGACACAACCCAAACUUUCAGCUCUCUCGACUGGAUCGAAUGAGUAUCUUAGAAGCAUCUCCCUGCCGGUCCCUGUCCUGGUAGAAGACACCAGCAGCAGUAGCGAGUAUGGCUCUGUUUCUCCUGAUACAGAGCUGAAGGCGGACCCCUUCUCCUUCAAAGCCAGAGCUAAGUCCUGUGGAGAAAAGGACGGGAAAGGGAUACGGACAUUGUUCCUGGGCAUUCCAGAUGAAAAUUUUGAAGAUCACAGUGCGCCCCCAUCUCCUGAAGAGAAAGACUCGGGCUUUUUUAUGCUGAGAAAGGAUAGUGAGAGGCGAGCUACCCUUCACAGAAUCCUGACCGAAGACCAGGACAAGGUUGUAAGGAACCUAAUGGAAUCUCUGGCCCAGGGUGCUGAAGAGCCUAAACUAAAGUGGGAACACAUCACAACCCUCAUCUCGAGCCUCAGAGAGUUUGUGAGGUCCACUGACCGAAAAAUCAUAGCCACUACACUGUCCAAGCUCAAGCUGGAGCUGGACUUCGACAGCCACGGCAUCAGCCAGGUGCAGGUGGUCCUCUUUGGCUUCCAGGAUGCGGUCAAUAAAGUUCUUCGGAAUCAUAACAUCAAGCCACACUGGAUGUUUGCCCUGGACAGCAUCAUCCGAAAGGCUGUGCAGACUGCAAUUACCAUUCUGGUUCCAGAGUUGAGGCCACAUUUUAGCCUUGCAUCAGAGAGCGACACAGCUGAUCCGGAAGACCUGGAUGUCGAAGAUGAACACGAGGAAUUGUCUUCAAAUCAGACAGUCCGACGGCCUCAGGCCAUCACUGAGGACGCUGUGGCUACCUCGGGGGUGAGCACGCUAAGCUCCACUGUGUCCCAUGACUCCCAGAAUGCACACCGGUCGCUGAACGUGCAGCUUGGAAGGAUGAAGAUUGAAACUAAUAGGUUACUUGAAGAGCUGGUUCGGAAAGAGAGAGAGUUACAGGCACUCCUCCAUCAAGCCAUUGAGGAAAAAGACCAAGAAAUUAGGCACCUGAAGCUCAAGUCCCAGCCCAUAGAUAUCCCUGGGUUUCCUGUGUGCCACCUGAACUCUCCUGGCACGACCACGGAAGAUUCUGAACUUCCUGGCUGGCUGAGAGAAAAUGGAGCUGAUGAAGACACUAUAAGUCGGUUUCUGGCUGAGGAUUACACGCUAGUGGAUGUUCUUUACUACGUCACACGUGAUGAUCUGAAGUGCCUCAGACUAAGGGGCGGGAUGCUGUGCACGCUGUGGAAGGCCAUCAUUGACUUUCGGAACAAAUGCUGACCGCCACCAGGGUGACCUUGACUGGAGAGCCUGAACUUUGAAGUAGAAUGCUCUCCUGUGGGAGGGGGAGCCGACAGGAGGAGAGGGAGAAGCUGCACUUUAAAUCCAGUCUUUGUUUACUCGUGUCGCAAAGAAAGAAAGAAAUUGACAAAACACACGGAAACUUCCUAACUUCUGUUUCUACAAAAUUCCUACAGACUCUUCUUCACAAAGGCUUUCAGAAUAAUCCUGACUGGAGUUGUAACAUCGGGGAUUGCUUUGUCUACACAUUUUGACGGAGAGGUUUUUUUUUGUUUUUUUUUUAAGUCAGCAGCUAUUGUGUUUCAACCCAGUGUUUGUCACGGAGAAGACAGAACGUUUGUUUCGUGAGACUGCGUACCACUGGAACAAAACCAAAAUGUGACCACGGCUUUUUAGGGUUCUCUGUGUGUGUAGUGUGCCCAAGUGUCUGAGCAGAAAUGCAUAAUUUCAGUCGUUGUAUAAAGUUUUAUUUUUUUUUUAAGUGUGCAGAGACUGAGAGUAAUGGCUUCUCCUCUGUACUGAUUGUCACACUGACUGUCUUUUGUAACUUAAGUUUCUGGCCUAGGGUGUGUUUGUUGAAGGGGUUUAUGUACUACUGAGCGGUACCAGUUGCCCAUUCUGGAUCACAGCGGAGUUAGCUUGUUCUAAAGCUACCUGUUGUGUUAUAUUUACAUAAAAGUAAAAGGAUUGCUGGCGUGCUACUUUGACAAAGUCCCGAGAAUUCUUACUCUGUGCAGAUGCACCAAAUAACUUGGUUAGAUUUUGUGUUUGUGUUUUGGUUUUCCUCUAUGACAUCAACUAGAAUGUGUCUCUCUCUCUCUGUUCAGGCAAUGAACGGACCACUGGGGUCGACUGUUCCCUGGGGACAGCAGGGCGGGUGGGGGGGGGACACACAAGAGAGUUUUGAAUAUUUUAGACUCGAUGUAUUUUCCCCAUGACCCUAAGUUACCUUGAAAAAGUAAGACACCGUACCUUAUCUCAAGUGGUGGACAGAGGAUCCUAGUGGACACCACUGCCUUUUCUGUCUCCUCAAUGUGAUUCUCACAUCUGGGGGAAAUUUUUGAGCCAAAUAUUAUAUUUUUAUGAACCUUCCUAUGUAAGCAGGAUGAGGUCUGGAGCUCCUAGGUGGAUAAAUAAAAUUAAUUUCCU